AUGUUGAGGGUUGUUAAUCUUGAACGUUUGAAAAAGUUAUAUGCAACAUUUUCAAUUCCUCAACUAUUGACAGAUUAUGGCAUCGGAGAUAGUGAAUUAGUGCCUCUACCUGUUGAUUCUGAUGUCAUAAUUUCGAAUAAAGAAUAUUUUACACCAUUAUGGUAUUACGAUAAUACCGAAUUCGAUAGUCGAAAUCCUGAUGAAUGGUUAAAAAAAGAUACUAAUGGAAUUAAUUUGCCGGUACCUGCAAUUGUUUACUUGCCUACUAACUCAAAUGAAGAGUUCUCUAUAAACUACGAUUGGACGGAUGCAAAUGUAAUUGAUUAUAAUUCAAAAUUGAAAAUGUAUUCAGUUGUUAUAUUGAAUAACAAUUCAACCAAAGUAUAUACCGAAAUACCUAGAAUACAAAUACACUUUAAAGGAGAAGAUCCUAGAGAAUUUGUGAAGAGAAUCAAAUAUGCGAUCUCAAGGCGGGCUUAUUGUGAAGAUAUUUAUAAGUGGACUAUGUAUCUUAAUAAAGUUCAAAUUGAUAAACAUCUCAAGAAUAAUUCAGACGUAUUAUCAGAUGGAACAAUUAAAAAAAUAUUAAGUCUAAUAUUCAACAAUCAAAAAAUGAAUAAAAUGAACAAAGAUAAAAAUAUCGUUGUUCAACAAAUUAAUUCAAUUUUUCAAGAAUCAUGCCUAUCUUUUAGGCUUCAGUUAUUAAAAUCUAUGACCAAAGACCAUCACAGUAGUCUGAAAAUACCAAAUUUUCGUUUUGAACACUUCAUAAAAAAGCCUAGUAUGAAUUAUACAAUAAUGAGUACAAAAGAAAUAUUUAUAAAUGCAAGAGAAGAAUUUAAUAGAAAAAAAUUAUUAGAAUUACCUGAAGUUUUUAAAGCUCUUUGUGAGUCUAACUCAGAAAACAUAUUUAUAAAAGAUACACAACUGUUAUUCACUGUUUUCCCAGUCGCUGUAACACUAAAAGAAUUUGAAACAAUACAGUUAAAAAAUAUUUUUGAAACUUUUAAUUUGCUUAAGAACUAUUGGACAAAAGAAGUUACUUUCAGAUGUUAUGCAGCUUUAAAAAAUAUAAAAAAUUGUUGGUUUGAUAUUGCAACAAGUAAAAUUCAGACUUAUGAAUCAUCAAUCAACAAAUUGCGAAAAUUGAUGACACUUAUUAAGUAUAUGAUGGAAGAACGUCUAAGACUAGUAGUGAUAAGAUCAGCAAAAUUGUAUGCUUCACUAAUCGAGCAACCUUGCAUUCCAAUGAAAGAUCUUAAUGAUGAUUUUGUGUGGGGCAGUGAUUUGAAUAAAUCACCAUUUGGUGAAUGCGCAACUCCAUUAUUUUCAACAAUACUCAAUAUGAAUGAAAGUGGAGCAUAUUACUCUAUUGAUCCAGAUACAUUUGAACCUGUUAUUGUAAGUUUAUUUAAACGUGUGGUACUUGAAAGCCACGAGAUACCAGCUAUUCAUCCAUAUUUACUCACGAACAUGACAUUUGCCGAAAAACCAUACUUAACCUCAAUAGGGCUUAUUGAACCCAAAAUCACUGAGCUACAAUCUUCUAUUGAAAAUAGUAUUCGCUUAGCUAUUAUUCCAUUAAAAGCAUACUGUAAAGAAUUCCAUAUCCAUUCACGUUUAUUUAAUACGGAUAUCGAGUCAUAUGUAAAGACAUUUUUUGAUGGUAAUCCAUCACUAAGUAGAAUAAGAGAAGAAAUAUCAAUGCAAAUAAAAAUGAAGUUACAACUAGAGAAGACAUUUCCAGAGACUAUUACUAUUGGACUAUUUUUAAUAAACACCAAAUCAUUGAAACAUUUGUUGGUAAGAAAACGGAUUGAUUUAGCAGACUUAACUAUGAAAACACAUGCUAGUUUAACAACUGAGAAAAUAGAAAUAUGCUGUGCAGAAUACAAAAGAAUGUAUCUGAGGCUUAUUGAAGUUCCGACAUCAAUAGAACAAGUGUUUGAAAUAAGAGAAUUUAUAGAUACCUUGCCACUUUUAAUUAGCUAUCAGUUUGAAAUCGUAAGACGAUUAUUAAAGGAUAUGGAAAUGUUGGAUACUUUUUUGUGGAUAGUAGAUGAUGAACAGUUAAAAUUAAAAUAUGACUCCCAAAUUUGGCCUUAUAAGAUUGAGCUAAGAAUAAAAGAGUCAUUGCAAAGUAUAGCAACCAAUAUUGAACAAUUUGAGAAAAUUCAAUUCGAAGAUGAAAUAUUAUUACAAGAUAAUGUGGAAUACUUAAGUAGUGUUAUUUUAAAAUUAACUAUUGAAAAUAGUUUGUCAAAAGUAAAUGAGAUAGCGGUAGAAGUUAACAAAAAUUGGAAACUAAUUAAAGAACUUCAAAAAACUGGUCGAACUUUAAACCUAAGACAAAAACUUUUUGGUCAUACGAUAACACCCUUCGAUAAUGUAGAGCAUUUGGUGGACGAAUUUCAACCAUAUAAAACAUUAUGGCUAAGUGCUUCAGAGUUUUUUAAAUUACAAAAUGCUUGGAUGCAAAAUCCAUUGGCAAAUAUAGAAAAAUCUACUCUAGAACCUUUGUUAAACAAUUUACUAAAUAUUGCCACAAAAUCUGUUGAACAAUUUGCUGAAAUACCUGGCACUUUGAGCGUAGCUAAUGAAAUAAAAACACAAAUUGAACAGUAUAUACCCAUGAUACAUUUAUUGAACCAUAUACUAACUCAAGGGAUGAAGCAAAGGCAUUGGGAUGCAUUUUUUGAUAAAACUGGAGUAAAAAUUACAUUAUCAUCAACGCUGACUUUUAAAAAAUGUUUGGCAUUGGGUGUUCAAAACUAUAUAGAAGAGGUAAAACAAAUAUCAGACAAUGCUUCUAAAGAAUAUAUGAUUGAAAUUGCUUUGAAUAAAAUGAUGGACGAAUGGAGUGGUGUAAAGUUACGAUUGUUGCCUUAUAAUGACAAAGAAAUUUAUAUUUCAACAAUAUCAGAUAAAGAAUUACAAAUGCUUGAUGAUCAUAUUUUGGAUACUCAACAACUAUCAUUAAGUUCAUAUAAAGGAAUAUUUGAAGAACCAUUAACUAAAUGGGAGGAUGAAUUAAGACUUUCAAAAGAUGUUAUUAAAGAAUGGAGUGAAUUUCAAAAGACAUGGGCGUAUUUAAAACCAAUAUUUGAUGAUCCUAUAAUUAAAGAACAAUUACCGGUGGAAAAUAAAAAGCUCAACUUAGUUGAACGAAUAUGGGGACGAAUAAUGAAAAUCACUUUGAAUAAACCUUGGGUUAUGAAGACUUGUCCGGAUAAAAGAUUAUUGGACCAACUAAUCAAUGGCAACAUUCAACUAAAUAAAGUUCAAAAAGCACUUGAAUUAUUUUCUGUGGUCCAGUAA